AUCUCUCUACUCAUAUCUGUUGCGCAGGUUUUCACCGAAGCUACAUCUUUCGGGCAUGGCGCGUAGCAUAGUGCAGUAGCAUAGUUAAGCAUAGUAUGUGUGAGCACGCGAGCCGCCAUAUUGAGCGAAUGUUGAUGCUAUGUGCUGUAGGUGUUUACGCCGCUCGUCAGAAACCCGAAAAACGUAUCGAUUGCCGUGUUACGCGCUUGAGGAUCGCGUGGACAUCUUACAAAGUGGCAUUGAGUUUUUGCGUGUUAAGAAGAUGAGCGGCUACGACGGUAAUGAGGAUAGUCAAUGUGAGAGGACCACGGAACGUGAGGCUACCGCAAUGGGUGACGUCCUGGCGAAGGAACACACCGAGGAUAUUCUUUGUGGCGGCCUUGAUGCACCCGUUGAUCCUCCUCUACGAGAUCAACGGCAGGAGGCCGAUGGAGCAGCUGAUACUGAUCACGAUGCACCUUCACCUUCUGCCAACGAUUUCCUCGUAUCCGCCUUGUGCUUGACAAUCGAUCAAAUCGUUCAAAGUGAAGCUCUCCGCAUUGAGGAUGAUCAUCAAAACGAUGAAUUAUCCUCUGGUAGGGUAAAUUCUACUUCGCUCACUAAUGGUUGCUUAGAUUUGGCACUGAACCCUGGUAGUCCACCAAGGCAUACUAAAGCCAACUGUUCCUGUGACACUUGUAAAGUUAAGAGAGAAAAGUUUAAGUUGGAGCUAGAGGAGGCAUUAAGACUGCAAAGCCUGUGGCUGCAGCUGAGGCAGUAUAUAUUAAAUGUAUUUAAUACAGCCGUAGAGACUGCCCGUACUCCAGCAUCACCACGACUACAGAGUGAUAAUCCUUGUACAGCUCUUAUGCAUAGUGCAGUUAUCCAAUUAUGUAAGAUGGACUCACAGCAACUUUUCAUGAGAUUAGUGGGUCAGGUGCAAGAAUUUUUAUUAGAUGUAAAGGUUCAUCUUCUGGGGUUGUUACAUGACCACCACAUAGAUAAUUUAGCAGAGGUCUUUUUAAUCGGACUCUCGGAUGGUUACGACGCGUUGAUUUCGGCUACCUCGAAAAUUUCGCCACUCGUCGAGCCUCUGGAAAAGGAGUACCUCUGCAAGUUCAAUCUGACGUGGAAAUGUUUAAACAAGAAACUGUACCAGAAUUAUGUAUAUACAGAUUCGCGGGUGCAAGAUAAUUUGCAACCUUUUAUAGGACAGUUGAGAAAGUCACUCCCGCACAGAGGUGCCGAAUACCAGAAGCUGGUGUACAAAUAUUUGGCAUUCGAUGAUGAGAUGACGAGGAUCGGCGACUCGUGGCCGGAGACAGAACUACUCAUAGAAAAGUACAAUGGAGAACAAGCUGAGCGGAUGACGAGUGUUAGGAAAUUUAGAGAAGGUUGGGAAAUGUUUACAGCCAGGCGGAAACUCAUGCAGCAGAGAAUGUGGACCAAACCGACAGAAAAUGAAAAUGAACUCCGAGAAUUCGAUGGGCAGUUACUGUCUCUCGUGACUCGAGGUAUCACCGGAACUCCAAAUUCUGACAGUCGACCGUCAAGUCCAAAUUCAGAAUUAAGUCUGGACACGCCAAGUAUAUCAAUAAGCAAUGACGCUAUGCAAUUGGCACACAUCGUGGAGUCCUUAACGGAUACAGAAUUUCAACGCCGUACUAACGGCGCUAAGUUUCCAUUAACAGGUGUAUUUCUAGAGUCCUUUAAGUUUGGAUAUGAAUACAAGAGGAAAGCCAUACUUGCUGAACGAGCUAUAAAAUCUACCAGUCCAAUAAACAAUGAAAGAGUCGACGGCGAGGGUAGCGAAAACGGAUGCACGGAGAGCGAAGACGAGAGAUGCGAGUGUCACGCGCGUAGUCUGGAAGUUGAGCAACAGCAAUCUGAAGAUGUGCGAAAUGGGGUACCGGAGGAUACAGAUCUAAGAAAGAAUGAGCCACAGCCAUGUCCUUGUGUUUAUCAGCAUGCGAAAGAGCUCGCAGAACAAAAGAAAGACAUCGUCGAUAAUCCUCCGUGUCCCUGUUUGCGGAAGACUAAAAAAAAAACUGUGGCAACUACUAUCCCUAGUAUUCCAGUCAAGACGAGUCCUGAGGCGAAAAAGCCGAUAGUAAAGACCGGGUCUACGCAAUCUGCACAGACGCAAACACGGCACUCGACGACUCAGACACCGAACACAAAUCAUAAUCACAAUCACACCAUGCAUCAGGGUAGGUGUUCUACGCAUGCACAUUCUCACGGACCUUUACCAGACCUCAUGAAAAACACAGGAACAGCACACAGAGGGCAUACACAGAACAAUCAUACGCCACACGCUUGUCAUAAGCAGGCCAAUAUAGAGCACAUCAAGAGAGUUUCUUGUAAUGAUUUGAGCACAGCUGACGGGGACUGUUCGGAUUCGGGAAGUAGUCAAGAAGAUUCCUGUUCCACUAGUAGCUCGACACCACGAGAUUCCAGUAGACACUGUGAUUGUUGCUACUGUGAGGUCUUUGGUCACGGUGUUCCAUCGGUUGCGCCUGUUAGUCGAAAUUAUAAUGAGAUGAGGGAGAGACUAAGACAAUUGUUAACAAAAAAGAAAGCAAAAAAAUGUAAAGCAGCUAGCAGUCCUCCAAAAAGUCCAGUCGAAUCGAUUCCAGUAAAUCCUACCGUGCAUCCGAAACCGGCAUCGAGUCACUCAGCGGCUAGGUCGAACACUCCAGUGUCCACGACAUCUACGGUUCAUCAGGAACAGAGAGAUCAACGAGAUUUGGAGACGUUGCUUGAAUUUAUCGAAGGCAAUCAAAAUGGCAAGAGGGAUAACAAGAAGGCUGAGAAAAAGGCGCGGCAGAAACAGCGAAAACUGGAAGAGAAGCUCAAGGGGGACAGACAAGAAGCAGAGAGGCAAAAGCUGAUAGAGCUUCAAAAGAAGACGCCGGAAGUGACCAUUACUGUCGUGGAUCCUCAGAAACCUGUACCUCAGAGGUUACUUCCUCAGCGUACUCUACCGGAAGUCUCUAUUUUACCGGCAUCUUCACCUGUCGUAUUAACGACGUUAAAGCAACCUACUAACAAUAAAAAGAAGGACAAGCCGGAAGUCGCUACCGGUAACAGCGGUACGAAUAGUGCCAAAGCGAAAACUAUGACUAUAAAUACUAAUCAAAAGAAUAAGAGUGCAGCUGCGACUGACAGGGUGGAUGGAAUCGUUCAUUCUAGUCAGACAAACAAACUGUCGUCUAAGGUUGACAAAGCCGAUGUUGGCAAAGGCAACAACAGUAAAAAUACAGUAACGAAUAAUAAUGUGACAAGUGCUAAGAAUAGUAACUCUAGUGUCUCACUGUCCUCGAAUACCGUUGAUAGUGAUAAGAAGUUGACGAAAAAGGAAAGGAAGAAAUUGAAAAGGGAACUGAAGAAGAACGAAGAGGCCAAAGUGAAAGAACAAGAGAAGCCGUCGCAGGCGGAAAAUCAACCACAAAUUGUUACUAUUAAAAGGGUAAUGGAAUCAAACAGUGCUGAACCAACUGUCACCAUAACUCUAAAGGGUCAAACUCCAGCCGAGGAUAAAGUCCUUUUUACGUUGGUUAAUGGACAAACUAAGGAACCAAAUCCAAUGAAGCCUGAACAACAACAGGGUCAAAAUAGUAAUAGUGGAAAGAAAAAGAAGACGAAAGGUGGGGCGAAUCAGCAACAACAAUUGACUAAAUCUCAGCAGCAACAGACCCAGUCUAACGUAUUGAAACAACAACAAACCAACACGAUAGACGCGAAAAGUGCGAAACAGCAAUCAAUCAAUGACAAGCUGAAAAAUGCAAAACAAGCUGAAGACAACAAGAAAUCUCAACAACAGAGCACGAACGAUACAAGGAGUACAAAGUCUAAGAAAGAUAAGAAAAAUGCCGAGAAUAGAGAACCUAUUUCGCAACAGAAUACUCAAAACAAAGGUAAACAUCAACAACAAACCGGAAACAACAAAAAGCAAAACAAAGUUAGUACACCACCGCAAACACUAACGACUCAAAAACAUCAGCAAAGUUCUACCACCAGCGAUGCAAAUGUUAAAAAAACAAAGGGUCAACAGCAACAGGAGAAGAAUUCUCAAUCAAACACUGGAAAGACAGUAAAAAAUAAUAACAACAAUAACAACAGUAACAAUAAUGCAAACAAGUCGACAAAGAAUGAUCAUCAGAAGAAUCAAAUAAAGUCUAAUCAGUGCAUACCUAAGCAAAAGUCUUCUACCGAAAUUCAAAACACUGCCACAGAACGUUUCGACUCACCGCUCAGUAGUCAAUUUAAAGAUAUCGGUACAAAUUCUAAGAUAAACAUUGAGAAUCUUAAGCUCCCGCCAGGCAUUACGAUAACAAAAGUCGAUGCACCGGCGAAACCACUUCCAAUCAGAUCCGCACCAAUGCCUAAGCCAGUAAGUCCGCCCAAGCAGACGACGAUUAUUGCAGCACCAAUGAGUGGUGUACAAUCGAGUUACGCCGGUCCACAAAGCGGCGGCAACGUAAUUGUCGUUGAUACCGGAAAGCUUAAGCAAGAUCUAAUACCGAAGACUAGCGACAAAGAAUCACCCAAGGAGUAUCAACAGCCACAAAGCGUCAAUGGGAAAAAGAAGAAGAAGAAGGGUAAAAAUGCAUCAGGCGCGAGCUCAAUGAACGUUUCCAUAACGCCAACUAACAAUCAGCCAUCUGGCGGGUCAGUGUCGAAGGACCAUACAGAUGAGCCGGCCAGGAUACUUCACAAUCCCGGCACAAAUAUGGUAACCAUAAGGAAUCCAGCAUUUGGUCCACCAAAGGCGGAGCCCACUCAACAGGCUGCCAUUAUAAAGGUGUCCGAGAAUGGCAUGGUCACAAUAAGGAGUCCAGCGCUACAGCAAGCCAUUAAUGCAGGACUGACGCCACCUCCGAAGCCCGACUUUAUCGUCAAGGGUGAUCUGUCCUCGUCGAACGUUUCCAACGGCAGGACGAACCUGAUGCCGACCAACAGUGCUAGGCAAACAAACAGUAUUAUUCCAUCGAGUCUCGCUGAGCUGCGAAGCAGACUCACACCGGACUGCACGGGCCUGACCGGUCUGGCGAAUAUUCAGAUCAGCAAAGUGACCAACGGACAGCCUAUACCGGAGAACGGUAUCAAUUUGAAGGGUACCAGCGUGACCUUGACCAAGGUCAGGUCGGAAGCGGUUAUGGAUGACGUCCAACAAGCGAAGACGGCAGUUCGCGAGGCGAUAAGCGCCACGAUGGCAGCGAGCGGGAGCGGAAAGGGGAAGAAAAAGAAAAAAAAGGGCAACGGCACCAGACAAAGCGGCGAUGACUGGAACCUCGUUGAGAGCGUAUUCACGCCAAAAGAUAUAGACCUCGAGGACGGCGAGAUGGACGAUGCGGAACGUGAACUGGAGGCCUUCAAGAGGUUCUGUCUGCAAUCGGUGCCACCUGCUCGCAAGGAAAAGGUUAAUCUCAACAUCAAGGACAUCGUCCUCAAGAAGAAAUCAUCUGCUGCCGUUAUAGCGGCCAACUAAAGACUUUGUCUCCGCACUGCCUGCCAGCAGAAGUUCUCGCGAUCUUCCUGAGUCAGCUCGUAGUCGCCCUCGUCGUCGAGAUUUAGGACCACGAGGAUAAAAUGCGAUUAGAGUAACCAUGGAAACUGAUGUAUAAUCGCCUCGUGGACUCCGUCUGGUGUUCCUUCUAAGAGAGUAGUGUAAGGGAGAUGAGAAACAAAGGAAGAAAACAAAAACAAAGAUGAUCCUGUCGGAACGUUCGUAACCUACAGAGACUGCUCUCUUUCUAUCGCUCUCUCUCUCUCUUUCUAUUACUCCGUUCUCAAUUUCCUGCUCUGUCUCUGUGUCUUUGCCUCUGUGGAUCCAAUCUUGUCAACGGGAACGUUCCGGCAGGAUCGUUAUAUUAGAAAUUAAAUUCUCAGAUAGACUGACGAUCUUUCCUUCGUUUCAUAAGAAAAAAUAAUAAUAAUAGGUCGCCAUUUGCAAGGCGUUCUUUCGUUGUAAUUAUAAUAGACGGGAAGAUCGUCAGACUUGCCGAUUUUGCAUGAUGCAAGACGAUGAGAAGGAUUUCUAUGUGACGUUAGUGAAUCUUUUAAAAGGACUAAUUAACGGAGGAUCUUUUACUUUAAUCUAUUAUCACCGUAUUCUCUUUUGACGACCGUCGGGAUAUCAUUUUAUAUGCGAUAUAAGUGAUAACGAGGUACCGGUAUUGUACGUUUUAAUUUUUCCCAUUUUUAUUGGGAAUCAUUCGCGAGUGAUGCGUUGACGUUAUUGUACAUAUAUGUAGCAUAGACAAAAGGACGUCACUCUGUGCUCGAAUUGGAGAUGACGUCAAUUGAUGAGGGAGACACGUGAAGAAUCCUUAUCGAAGGGUCAUCGCAUCCUUAUCGUUAGCAACAUUGUACUGUAGAAUAGCGUUUCUUAUAUUAAGAUAUAUUUCGUCAAAAUAGUAGACUGUGACUGAUUA